CACGCGCACAUCCUCCCUUCCUCCAGUCUCCUCCGUGUCUAGAAGCGCCGUUAAACCGACAGGCUCCCGCCCAUGGCACGCGACGGAUGGGAUUUUUGCAUGCUUGAUCUGUUCCCAUCAUUAUAGCUGGUGUUAUUUUGUUGAUUACGGCAGAUCGAUCGCUUUGAUUGGCAGCCAUCUGGUUUAAACCACAGGAGGGAUUUUCGCCAUCAUGCAGAAGGUGGAGGGACGGCCAGCCCCAGGCAGCAUAUCCUCCUCCUUGCGGGGUCCAAGUGCUCCUGGCUCACCCAGCAUCAUGGCCCGUGUGAAUGACGAAGUGGUGGAGUACAGGGAUCUUGCUGCUCUGCCCAGAGACAAAAGUAUUCUACAGGUGGAGAGACCAGAUUUGAUGACCUACCAACCCCACCUCACCUUCUCACCGCUAGAAGCGCUGCGUACGCCCCGUAGAGAGAGAUCCCUCUCUCCUUCCUCCAUCUCUCCUCCUCCCUCUCCUGAGCUGAAGGAGUAUAGAGAGGGGAGAGAGUCUCCAGGAGGCUCCACACUGCAGCUCCGAAAGACAGCCACCCCCCUACAGCAACACUUCCACAGGCCAGAUAAUGGUGCCAACAUCUACAAGAAGCUGCCUAAUUUUAAACAGGAGGUCAGCAAGCAGCACGUGAUGGGCAGCAUCAUCCAGUCGUCUAUGUUCCCAGCAGCUCAGAAACCAGACCCCAACCUGCCCUCAAAGAUAGAGACAGAGUACUGGCCCUGUCCUCCCUCACUGGCUGCUAUGGAGAUCGAGUGGAGGAGGAAGAAGGAGGAAGAGGAAGAGGGGAAGGAUGAGUUUGAAGACCUGACUGAUGACGCCAAGACACUGCAGGAGCAGGAGCUCCAUAAGAUCAAGUCUAACCUGGGCAGGCUGAUCCUGAAGGAGGAGAAGGAGGAGAAGGAGAAGGCUCUACUUGGCAUUGGACGCAGGAAGACUCAGUCACUGCCAGACAGAACACACAUGCACACCAGUUCCUCCUUGAAGUCCUCCUCCCGCUCAGGUCUGACCAGGAUGCAGUCAGCAGAGUUCGAGGGAGAUCAGGGCAGAACAGCUGAAGAGAAUGGAGAGGCACCACGGGAAAGGAUGGACAGAGGAAACUCACUGCCAAGUAUGCUGGAACAGAUGAUCUAUCCAUAUGAAAUGCUCAUAGUCACCCAUAGAGGGCGCUGCAAGCUGCCGCCGGGCGUGGACCGUACCAGACUGGAGAGACACCUGUCUCCUGAAGACUUUGAGCGUCUGUUCGGAAUGCCCAUCGCCGAGUUCGACCGCCUGUCGCUAUGGAAACGAAAUAAUCUGAAGAAAAACGUUCAACUUUUCUAGCAGGAAGUGACCUUAUCCGUCAGACAGGAAACGGGAACCGCUGCACUGCCUAACGAAGAAUACCCCACAACACCAAACUAUCACGCCCUAGCUAACCAUAUAUCCAUGUCACAUUCUAACUCUAAUCCUAUAUCAUAUUGUAGACAUAUUAUUCUAUCGGUAUGUUAUUUCGUAUCCUCUAGUCGCCACUGACAAGCCUGACCCUGACUCUAACCCUAACCAACCCUAUCAUAUGCAAUGAGAAUCUCCUAGUAUCUACUGCCUCCCCACCCCCAUACACACAGACACAAACGCCUACACAUACAAUAAUUAUCACUGCUUUUAAUACACCCAGAAACUGGAAAUAUUAUUUUCAUGAUAAAUCAUUAUCAGUGAUUUUUUUAAAUGUGAUUUAUGAUUGACCGAUUGGGAUCUUUGUCUUCUGUAAUGUAUUAGUUGUUUUAUUCAUGUUAAUGUAUUCCUGGUGUUAACCAUGAUUGAGGUUGACUCAGAGAUUAUUUAUUUGAAAAUGAUUGAUUUUAUUUAUUUGAAUAUGAUUACAUCUCUUAGUCCCGCAAAACAGUAGAGCCUUCUUUUUUUUUCUGUGGUUCUUCUCAAAUAAAAAAAAAAAGGUUCUAAAAGGUUGUGACCAGCAGGACAUGCAUGGCGUCAAGCACAUCAGAAAUUACUAACAUUCCAAUCCCACAUCGAACCCAAGACCAGACCCAUAACCCCUACCUCCCAACCCUACAGUGUAUAUGCUGAAUUUAGAAAAUGAAUAAAAUAUAUGAAUAAAAUA